AUGGAUGAAAAAUCAACUACAACAACAAUAUUAUUAUCCAUAAUAUCCAUCCUCUUCUUCGUCAUCUCCGCCAUUAAUGACGUCACCGCACAGAACCAGCUUGCAGUCAAACCCUCACCUCCACAAGCCGACGACGAUUCCGCCACCAAUUUCCAGCCAAGCCUAGCAGUCGUAAUCGCCCUACUCUCGAUCAUGUUCUCCCUCACCAUCAUCCUCCUCCUCUACGCCAAAUUCCGCCGCCGCCGCCGCUCCUCCUCCUCCCCGCUCAGCCGGAGAAUCAUCCAAGACGGCCUUCUCCGGCGGCCGUCACCGCCACCCUCCGGCGUCGACAAAUCAGUCAUCGAAUCCCUCCCCUUGUUCAGAUUCUCCUCGCUCCGGGGACCGGCGGAGGGGCUCGAGUGCGCCGUCUGCCUGGCGCAGUUCGACGGAACCGACGUUCUCCGGAUGCUGCCGAAGUGCAAGCAUGCUUUCCACAUCGACUGCAUCGACCGUUGGUUAGAGAAGCGCGACACUUGCCCUCUCUGCAGAUGCAGAGCCGAACCGAACAACGAGGUCGGUUCGGAUCCGCAGUGCUCGGAGGGGUUUCCGUGGGACCCGCCAGAUCAUCACGGAUACUCCAAUCUCGAACUGUACGUAGAGCGAGAGGAAUAUUCCUCGAGCUUCGGAUCCAAACCCCAAGAAGAAGAAGAAGAAGAAGGUUUGUCAAUGCAGAUUAAUAAUACUAAUACUAAUACUGAUAAUAAUAAUAAUCGGGAUCGAAUUUUUCAUAAGUUGAACCACAAGAUCAACGUUAUCUUCGAGUGUUAUAACGUACUGAAGAAUCGAUGGAGCGACGUUAGCUCUUCGGACAUGCUGUAUCUCAACUCGGAGAUGCUGGCUGACGUGUCCGAUUCGAGAUUCUUGAACUCGUGUAAUUUGGAGAAUAAUUCAAGAAAGAAUCAUGAUUAUUCAAUGAUGAAUAAUAUUAAAGAGGAGAUGGAGAGGAAAAGAGUGUUUGAGAGCAAGGUGAAGGAGAUCAAGAAUCACACGAGAAUAGUUAAGUCGGAUUAUUCGACACAAAAACGAGACGGGCUCGAAUCGGAUAUGCGAUCGGUGUCCGAGAUAAAAGUUCAUCCAAGAUUAAGAGAUCUUCAGUUGAGGAAUAGUGGAAACUCAGAUUUAGUUGAUGAAGAGGAGGUUAUGAGAAGGAGGGUUUGGCUGCAAAUUGCAAGAAGAACAAUUCAAUGGUUUGCAAAUAGAGAAGAACCAAGGCCCUCAACACAAAUUAAUGUUUAA